AUGUUGGCGACGACGACGACGACGUGCAGAGCGACCACCACCCUUUGCGACAGGUUUCCUUCCGCGUCUUCGAGGAGGACGCGAACAAUCAGACGAAUGCAGAAAAAUCGAAUGACGACGACGGCGACGAGCAGCAGCAGCGAAGAAGAAGAGAAAGAAGCAGAACCAAUUCCUCCGAAGAAAUCAGACCCGUUCGGGUUUGAUUCCGGACGAAACGAAGGCCCGGUACCGAUUGUUCCCGGGUUUGAUACCGCGGAAGGCGGGAAGGUUGGCCCGCUCGGCACCGCUGGGAUCUCCUUGUUGUUGUUCGUCUUGUUCGGUGGGAGUUUGUUUUUCACGUCCGUGCCGCGAGGCGCGGUGGAAGACAUGGCGAAGAUGGCGUUGGAAAACGAUCCAGACGCGCCGACGAACGUGUUGAGACGUUAG